AUGGACGAGCCCAUCUCUCUUCGGUGGUCAGACACGUUCGCCAUACUCCCUCCCUCCGAUCCGAUCUGCAGCAAGCUUCCGGGAGACAAGAUCAUUCUCCCUCCCUCUGCCCUCCAGCAGCUGCUCUCAGCUUCGUCUUCCCGAGCAGCAACAGGAUCUGCCAAUGGUAGCAACGGUUACUUCGGCUCUAGCUAUCUGAGUAGCCAGUCAUACGGACAAGAGACGCAACAACUUCCAAAUCCUCUCAUAUUCCGUCUUGUUAAUCCGAAGAACCACAAUGUGGUGUACGCCGGUAUCAGAGAAUUUUCUGCGCCAGAGGGAACCAUUGGGUUGAGUUCACUGCUCCUCGAGGCUCUAGCCAUCGACUCCGAUGAUUACGUGCAAACGACCCCCGAUGUCAUAGAUAUCGAAGAUCCUGAGAGCUUGGAGAGCAAAAAUGCUGCCUCGGGGAGCAGCAGGAUAACUGUACAUGCUGUAGAGCUUCAAAAAGGAACAUACGUACGGCUGCGGCCCCUCGAAGCUGGGUAUAAUCCAGACGAUUGGAAGCCCUUGCUGGAACGUCAACUGCGGCAGAAUUUUACAACAUUGACGAAGAAUACAGUCAUUCCUGUUCAAGGCUCUCAAGGAGAACAUUUCAAGCUCUUAGUGGAUAAGUUUGCGCCGGAUGGUGACGGCAUCUGCGUAAUCGAUACGGAUCUAGAGGUUGAUAUUGAAGCUCUCAAUGAGGAGCAAGCCCGAGAGACAAUGCGCCAGAUCAUUGCCCAAGGGCAGUCGGGCGCUUCCUCUGGCAGUUCCAAGGGCGGUGAGUUGAGCAUUUGGAAAGACACGGAAGGGCAAGUAGUGCCUGGUCAAUAUGUCGAUUAUACGCUUCCGUCAUGGGAUCGAUCACAGGACCUAGUCAUCUCCCUAAGUGGGAUUUCUGAUGCAGAUGGUCUGGACUUGUUUAUUACACCGAAAUCGCGCCAACAGAGAGCGUUACCUCGAGAUUCAGUUCAUGUCUUUGGGGAUUUUUCACCGGCUCAGCAUGACACCAAGUCCAUCGUGAUAUCACCAACCAAUGUCGAGCUUGAAGAUGCGGAGAGCCUCCUUAUAUCGGUUCACGCCUACCGGGAUACUGACUCUGGUGCGGCGUCGACCAGUGCAGCUCCUUACACGUACACCAUUCGAGCAAAGACAGCUUCUCUGAAAGAAAAAUCUACCGAUGAACCCAUGGAGCUCGACCAAACGGAGCAUUCUUCAGAUGAGGAACAGUGUUCAAACUGCUUACAAUGGGUUCCAAAGCGGACCAUGGUUCUACACCAAAACUUCUGUCUGAGGAACAAUAUUCUCUGCCCUAUUUGCAAGUCGGUCUUCAAAAAAGGCUCGCCCGAAUAUGAUGCCCACUGGCAUUGCAGUCACGACGAGGCUCAUGGAGAUUCAACGCUUAGCAAAACCAAACACGACCAGGUGUUUCACACAGACCGGAACUGUCCAGCUUGUGAAUUUUCAACCAAUUCACUCUCGGAUCUAGCACGCCACCGCACAAGCGUUUGUCCCGGUAAAAUUAUACUCUGCCGAUUUUGCCAUCUUGAAGUUCCUCAAGAAGGCGACCCCUUCAACCCGUCACCCGAGGUUGUUCUCUCGGGAAUGACAGCUCAUGAAUUAGCGGAUGGAGCCCGUACUACGGAGUGUCAUCUGUGUGACAAAAUCAUUCGUCUACGAGACAUGGAAACUCAUCUAAAACACCAUGAACUCGACAAAGUGACUCGAUCUAAGCCCUCAGUCUGCCGAAAUGUUAAUUGCGGAAGAACACUAUACGGUGUUGGGUCGAAGGGCCAGAUUGGCACGGCGGGCUCUCAAGUUAAAUCCCCGGGCAACGACAUCGGCCUCUGCUCAUUAUGCUUCGGGCCCUUGUACGUCAGCAUGCACGACCCCGACGGCAAAGCUCUACGACGAAGAAUUGAGAGACGAUAUCUUAGCCAGCUGAUGGCGGGGUGCGGGAAGCCACAUUGCGCAAAUGAAUGGUGCAAGACGGGACGGUCCAACACUGGCCUCGAAGCCAAGGGAUCGUCCGCCGCGGCCGCACUUCCCCUCGUCAAGCCGUUUCUUCCAGGAGCUCUUGACGCCUCGCAACCAUGCCACUUUUGCGUAGACGAAUCAAGCCAGACAGGCCGCAAACUGGCAGAAUUGGUGGCGGCCGAAAAGGUCUGGGAUCUAGAGUGGUGCGUUGCCGCCGCUGAAAACGAAAAGGCCAAUUUGGAUAAGAUGAGAGAUUGGCUGCAGGCAUGGGCUCCUAGAAGAUAG